AACCUAAUGGAAUGAAAUGAAUCCCAUCCUCCCCAUGGGAUUACCAGGGACGGAUGUAAUUUUUUCAGAAUCAAAAAUAAAAAUCUCGAACUUACCCUCUCAUCGCGACCGCUCCCAACUCCUCGCUCUCCUCCAUUUCAGUCGCCGUCACCGUCGCCGUCACCAUCACCGUAGCCGGUGGUAGGCAUCGAGGUUCCACCAGUUGAUUGUCUGUUCUUCAUCCGGCGCCGAGUUACUUGCCUCCUUUUUCAUUCCCGCUAAAACUGGGUGCUAAAAUCAGUUGCAGCUGCUUCACCAAUUCCUCUCCUUGCCCGCCACCUACAAGUUGGGAUUUAGAGUGUAUCUGCACACUAAAUUCUGUUUGGCUUAUGUCCUUGGGCAAAAUAUCAUUGCUGUUUCAGAUCAGUUUCUAGCUAUGCUUUGCUGAUUUUCAAGCUAAAUUAUACUGUUUGUUGCUUGUUCUUUGCCACCAAGAAAAUUCCUCCUUGAUUUGAUCCAUGCGGUAACCUAGCUUGAAAUCUUUACUUGUUUACUAAAAUUUACUUGGGAUGUUGAUUCAUUUCUAGUUUCAACCACUGCAGGAGUUGGGUGUAGGAAAGGUUAAAACUCAUAGUUACAGUAAGCCAUUUCCUGUGUACUUUUAACAUGUUCUAGUUAUACAAUACAAAAAUCUUUUCAUUUUUUCCUAAUCUUCUUGUCAUUAGAUUUGAUAUCUGAAAUUGAAAUGUCGGAGUUUUUAUUUUAAUUCUUUGAGGAAUGGUUUAAUUUUGGUUAGUCAAGUUUGAUUCAGUUGCAUUUUUAAGUUAACACUUUGCAUUUCCAUUAUGUAGGAAAAACAAACUCUUUGGGUUGGCUUUGAACAUUAGAAUUGACAAAGUUUUAGUUGUAAUUUCUUGCUACUGUAGGCAAAAGUACUAUCUUUAUCUAUUUACAUUAAGUGUUAUCCUAUGUAAUCUUGCUCAUUGCCAAACUAAGUAUGGGAUAAAAUUUAAUAUCAAAUCCAAUGAAAUACCAAACAUGGGAUUGGACUUUUAUUAUCUUAUCCAAGUCAAUCCAAUUCAAUUUUAUCUUAUUAAUUCUAUCCAAUCCAAUCCAAUCUUGCACGCCAAUUGUGCUCAUGAGUUGGGAGUAAAUGUAGGCUUUUGCUGCAUAAACCUUGGAGGAAUAUCAACUUGAUGUGACCUGCUGCUAAAGUUCCAAAUCAACCAAACUUUAGAUGACAGAUCUGCUCUUCAUAGUCGUGAUAAAGGGAAGAGGAUGAAGGUUGGUAAAAUUUGAAAGCUUCAUAGAAAUUGGAGGAGAAGAUUCUAGAGGGAGAAAAUGAAAGUUCUAAACUUUUUCAGUCAAUACUCCACUUUUACUCAUGGAAGACCUGUGCUUUGUUCCAUAAAUAGAGGAGCUUUGACUGAAUUAGGACACAAACGAUGGUUCUCCACAUACAGAGAGGACACAGAGCUUAAUGACUUCAUUGAAUAUAUUGAUGCCCUUAAGAACUAUGAAAAGAUGGGUGUGCCUAAGGGUGCGGGCACAGACUCUGAUGAUGGUUUUGAUCUGGGUCGCAUGAGACGGCUUAUGGACUGCCUUGGUAAUCCUCAAUCCAAGUUCAAGGUUGUUCACAUUGCUGGGACAAAGGGGAAAGGAUCUACUGCUUCUUAUCUCUCCAAUAUUUUACGGGCAGAAGGUUACCAUGUUGGCUGUUAUACAAGCCCUCAUGUACUAAGUAUCAGGGAACGUAUGUCAUUGGGGAGAUUAGGAGAGCCAGUGUCAUCAAAGGCAUUAAAUUGUCUGUUCCAUAGGAUUAAGCAAAUUCUUGAUGAGGCCAUUGUGCUUGAGGAUGGAUGUCUUAGCCACUUUGAGAUUUUGACUGCUGUGGCUUUUGCUCUAUUUGCUCAAGAGAAUGUUGACAUUGCAGUCAUAGAGGCUGGGUUGGGAGGAGCACGAGAUGCCACAAAUAUUAUUUCUGGCUCUGAACUUGCUUCAUCAGUCAUAACAACAAUAGGUGAGGAACAUUUGGCUGCACUUGGGGGUUCACUUGAAAGCAUUGCAAUGGCAAAGGCUGGAAUCAUCAAGCAUGGUCGCCCAUUGAUCUUGGGUGGGCCUUUUCUUCCACACAUUGAAGAUAUUCUUCGUCGCAUAGCAUCAUCAAUGGGUUCACCCAUAAUAUCAGCAUCUAACCCCGGAAUUAGAACUGUCAUAAAAGGAGUGAGCAUGUUCAAGGGCAGGCCUUACCAAUCUUGUGACAUAAUGAUGAAGCCUUAUGAAGAUUUUCAGCUGUUCAUUGAGUUAGCUGGUGUAAACCUAUGCAUGCUUGGGAGUCAUCAACUUCAAAAUGCCAUCACAGCUGUAUGUACAGCACUUUGCCUUCGCAAUCAAGGAUGGACAAUCUCAGAUGGAUCUAUUAGGGUUGGCUUGGAAAAAACAUGCUUGCCUGGAAGGGGUCAAUUUCUAACAUCCAAGGAAUCUGAAAAGUUAGGACUGCAAGGAGCAUCAGUAUUGCUUGAUGGAGCCCAUACGAAGGAAUCAGCUAAGGCAUUGUUGCAGAUGAUAAAGAUGGCAUUUCCUGGUGCACGAUUGGCUCUUGUUGUUGCAAUGGCUAGUGAUAAAGACCACUUCGGUUUUGCGAAAGAAUUUCUUUCAGGUGGGCAAUUAGAGGCUGUGUUCCUAACAGAAGCUAAUAUUGCCGGAGGCAAAUCUAGAACAACUGCAGCUCCUUUUUUAAGAGAUUGUUGGCUUCAAGCUUCAAAAGAACUGGGCAUCGAUCUUCUUCACGACAGAACAGCAGAAUAUGGAGAAUUAUUCAAAGAUAAAUUAGUUUCCUCUGCAAUGGAAUUCAGAGGUGGACUUGUAUUGGUUGCUGAGAAUUCACUAGCCGUUUCCCUGGAUGUUGCAAAUCAGAUUCUUCAAGAAAGAUCUGCUAACAGAACAGGCAUUCUUGUAGUCACAGGAUCUCUACAUAUUGUUUCGUCCGUAUUAGGUUCUCUAAAUACAUGAAAGAGCUCAAGUGUGUGGUUGGCCAAUGGCCUUGUCAAGCCAUAAAUUUUGUGAUGGUAAAAGAUUUUCAGAUAAGUCAUGUUUUUCAGUAAAUGAUUGAAACAAUACAAUUUCAAGGACCUUGCACAGAAGAAGAAAGUAUUGCUAGUGCC